UUUGUUAUUCCAAGAGGGUCCAAGCUGGUGCAGCAUUAUACGUUUAGCUUUAAGGUGCCUACUACUCAGGCAAAUGCUAUCCGUGUUGUUAGAGCUUGUCAGCUCGUUAAACAAAUUCUAUUAGAAGCUAGCCCUGCAUUGGGAAAACUAGCUUGAUCACUGCGUUGGCACAAGUUUCACGCCACGAGCUUUGUCGUAUAAACUUGUCUGAUCAAAGUGAUCUAAUUGACCUGUUUGGCUGUGACCUUCCUGUUGACAGUGGUAAGGCUGGAGAGCCUGCUUGGAAAGAUCGUGAGUUUUUGAGGGCUCUACAGGAAGGAUGGUGGGUCCUCUUGGAUGACAUGAAUCUUGCCUCCCAGGCUGUUCUUGAAGGGCUCAAUGCUGUCAUCUGUCUACAUUCCGGAGCUAGAUAGAACAUUCAUCAAGCAUCCGGCUUUUGGCAUCUUUGCAGCUCAAAAUCCUCUUAGUCAACGAGGGGGUCGUAAGGAUCUACUCAAGUAUUUUGUGAACAGAUUUACAAAAGUCUAUGUUGAUCAGUUAUUACCAUCUGAUUUGCGUCUGGUAUGCCAAUAUUUGCAUCCCGAAGUCGACACAAAACUCCUCGAACCUAUAACCGCCUUCAAUACCUCUUUACAGCAUAUGGUUCUUAUUGAACGCUCUUUACGGAAAGAAGGAGAACCAUACGAAUUCAAGCUGCGGGACGUUCUUCGUUGGAUUGGACUACUUAAGCGCCGGUCGGAACGGCGACUUCUCCCAGUUGACCAUGUCCGGACUGUUUACUCUCACUGUCUUCGUACCUCGAGCGAUCAUCAUUUGGCGCUAGCGUUAUUCGAGCGCACCUUCGGCUGUUCUUUCGAUUAUUCCCGCAAUUCGUACGGACGGUAUUCAAUUGUACAAUAACUGUAGGUCAAUUUCGCAGCGAACGACACAAUUCAUCUACACCUGCCCGCCCUAAGCGUCUACUGAAAUC